UCGAGCGCAGAUUUGUUGCUCAUCGAAGCGCGAGGAGCCGACUGUGCAGCAACUUUGCCCAUUCCUGUGUGCGCGGGGAGGAGGAACACAGGGAAAACAUCGCAAAAACCAGACCAAAUUGGUCUUUCUUGGCUCUGUUGCAGUUUUCUUGUAUGGCAGUUUGUGUCAGGAGGAGUGUGUGCUUCACUGAUGUUUCAAAUCGGAAAAUUUUGUUCGGCGUGAAAAGUUAACAAAAUUAGACCUAACGCGCAGGUGAAGAUGGCGAGGGCACUGUCAGGGGUGACUGCACUCCUAACUCAUGGAAAAACGGGACAUUUGUUAUCUCUAUUUGUUUUAUCGUUAUGUAUUUGUGGGUUGUCGGCUCAGGACUUUCCAUUAAACGGAGCGAACGGAUACAGUUUACAUCCACCAUACUUCAAUUUAGCAGAGGGGACGAAAAUCACGGCAACAGCGACCUGCGGAGUGGACGAGAAUGGGCGACCGAUUCAGGACCUGUACUGCAAGCUAGUCGGUGGACCCGUGUCUGGUGACCCCAGUCAAACUAUACAGGGCCAGUAUUGUGACAUCUGCAGCAUGGGAGACAAUAACCGAGCUCACCCCAUCACCAACGCCAUCGACGGGACGGAACGCUGGUGGCAGAGCCCGCCGCUGUCCCGCAGUGUGGAGUACAAUGAGGUCAACGUCACCCUGGACCUGGGACAGCUUUUCCAUGUGGCCUACGUUCUCAUCAAGUUUGCCAACUCCCCGCGGCCAGACCUGUGGGUGCUUGAAAGAUCGGUCGACUUUGGCAAAACCUACCAGCCGUGGCAGUUCUUCGCCUCCUCUAAGAGGGAUUGUAUUGAGAAGUUUGGCCAGCGGACCAUCGAGCGCAUCAACCAUGACAAUGACGUCAUCUGCACCACUGAGUACUCCCGCAUCGUGCCCCUGGAGAACGGAGAGAUCGUGGUGUCUCUGGUAAAUGGUCGUCCGGGUGCCAUGAACUUCUCCUACUCCCCCGUGCUGAGGGACUUCACCAAGGCCACCAACAUCCGCCUACGCUUCCUCCGCACCAACACGCUGCUGGGACACCUCAUGGGCAAGGCCCUCAGGGACCCCACUGUCACACGCAGGUACUACUACAGUAUCAAAGACAUCAGCAUUGGAGGGCGGUGCGUGUGCAACGGGCAUGCUGAGGCCUGUAACGCCAAGGACCCCAACGAUCCUUACAAGCUGCAGUGCGAGUGCCGACACAACACGUGUGGAACGUCAUGUGAUACCUGUUGCCCUGGAUUCAACCAGUUGCCGUGGAAACCAGCGACCACGUACAGUGCCAACGAAUGCGAACCGUGUAACUGCCACAGACAUUCGUACGACUGCUACUAUGACGCCGAUGUGGAAGCAAGGAGGGGCAGCUUGAACGCACAGGGAGAGCACAGGGGCGGAGGAGUGUGUCUCGAGUGCCAGCACCACACCACUGGAAUCAACUGUGAGCGCUGUAUCCCUGGUUACUACCGAUCCCCUGACCAUCCUCUGGAGUCCCCCUAUGCCUGCUCACCAUGCGCCUGUGAGUCUCAGUUCACCGACGGCACGUGUGAGGAUUUGACCGGCCGCUGUUACUGCAAGCCCAACUACACCGGCGAGAACUGCCAGUCCUGCGCAGAGGGAUACAUCAACUUCCCAGACUGCUAUCCCAUCGUCCCCACCUACCCCAACAACGGCAACAGCGAGGCCAAACCAGUCGGGGAGAUCAUCAACUGUGAGUGCAAUGCUGCCGGUACGGAGGGUAACUCCUGCAGGCCAGACCCUCGUACCCGCACCUGCAUCUGCAAGCCAGGCUUUACCGGAGAGCACUGUGACACCUGCGCCCCCGGACAUCACGGACUUAACUGCCAACGCUGCCAGUGCUCUGGUCCCGGCUGUGUGGAGGGCUCAUGUGACCCGGUGACGGGGCAGAGUCUGUGUCGGACCGGCUUCCAGGGCCAUUCAUGCGACCAGUGCGCCCCGGGCUACUUCCACUACCCGCUGUGCCAACUGUGUGGCUGCAGUACUGUGGGCAGUGUGCCUGAGGUGUGUGACUAUUCUGGCCAGUGCCUGUGUAAGCCAGAGUUCCAGGGUCCGCGCUGUGAGGAGUGCCGAUCCGGCUUCCACUCCUACCCCAACUGCCAGGUGUGUAGCUGUGACCCGCGCACCUCCCUGGACUCCAGCUGUGGAGGAGCGGGCCACUGCCACUGCCGCCCCAACUACAGCGGGCAGAACUGCGACCAGUGCGCCCCAGGUUACUAUGGAUACCCCAGCUGCACACCGUGUCAGUGCUCCAGUGAGGGUUCUCGCUUUGACAGCUGUGAUAGGGUGACGGGUCAGUGUGCGUGCCUGCCCAACGUGGUGGGUCUCCACUGUGACUCCUGCAGCCCCGGCUCCUACGGCUUCCCCCACUGCCAAGCUGGAACGUGUAAUCCUGCCGGCUCUCUGCAAUACGGUGGCCAAACUACGGAUGGUUCCUGUGAGUGCAAGCCUAAUGUGGAGGGCGUGGCCUGUGACCACUGCAAGCCUCUUUAUUGGAACCUAUCCCCAGACACGCCCUAUGGAUGCUCCGGUUGUGAGUGUAACACUGCAGGAACCAUUAGUGGUGUUGCAGAGUGUGAACAGAACUCUGGACAGUGUUUCUGUAAGCCAAACGUGUGCAGUGGGACCUGCUCUGUAUGUAAAGAGGGCUACUACAACCUGCAGAAUGACAACUUCUUUGGCUGCCAGGGAUGCCAGUGUGAUGUGGGUGGUUCUGCGGGCAUGUCUUGCGGAGAUAGGAAUGGACGCUGUCGCUGCAGACCCAAUGUGGAGGGACCCAAAUGCAACAGACCACGUCCCGAUCACUACUUCCCAGACCUGCACCACAUGAAGUACGAGAUUGAGGACGGUACCAUGAUGGAUGGUCGUCCCGUCAGGUUUGGCUACAACCCUCUGGAGUUUGAGGGCUUCAGCUGGAGAGGCUAUGCCCAGAUGUCUCCUAUACAGAGCACAGUCAAACUGACGGUGCACAUAAAUGAGGCGGACGGCUACCUCACGCUCUUCAUCCUCAGAUAUAUUAACCCCGAGCCUGAAGUGGUCAAGGGUAAAAUCAAAGUCUAUCAGAUGGCCAGGAGAGGUCUUGAGCAGGCCAAGGAGAUCGUGUUUGCCCCCAGCUCUGAGCCAGCCUUCGUCAGCAUCCCCCAGAACAGGUUUGUGGAGCCCUUCGUGCUCAACAACGGCACCUGGACCAUCAUCAUCGAGGCAGAGGGUGUUCUGCUGGACUACCUGGUGCUGUUGCCCAGUGCCUACUAUGAGGCCCCCAUCCUCCAGUUCAAGGUCACAGAGCCCUGCACAUACAGCCCCUCCCAGGACGCCAGCCAGAAUUGUCUGCAGUACCAGUACCUCUCUCUGGAGGAGUACCUCUUCAUCUCUGGCAACGACGCCAGCUGCAGAUCUGACAACCACCUGCCCCGGCCCUGCCAGAACGAGAAGAUUACCCCCAGACACCCCACUAUGGCCAUCUGCAGUGGCAACGAUAUUAAUGUGCAGCUGGUGGGUAAGAUGCAUGCCCCAGGAGACUAUGUGAUAGUGGUGGAGUACGCCAGUGAGGAGGAGACCGCUCAGAGCCUCACUGUGUCUGUCAACACACCCGGCGAGCCCACGAAACAGGAGCGCAUCACCCUGGCCCACUGCAAAUACAGCUUCCUGUGCCGAGCUGUUGUCGUGAGCAACCAGAAUGGUGUGGCCUCCUUCCCCCUCUCUACUGAGAUCGAUCUGGAGUUCAUUGGCGACAGAGCAAACUUCUUCCUGAACAAAGUCUACCUCAUCCCCAAGAAAGAGUUCACCAUGGAGUACUUGGUACCCAAGAAGCAUUGCAUUAGCACACACGGGCAGUUCCUUCCUGACAGUGGUUCCUGCAUCCCGUCCCGGUUCCAGACCCCACCCAAGGCCCUGAUCCUGAAGGAUGGUCAGGCCUCCUCUGUGCAAGAGCCCAUCCUGGCCUCCCCACCUGAGCCAGGCGUCCAAGGAGACCAAGUGUCCACCUGGCCCGCCAGCAACCGACCCGCCACCGCCGCAGACAACACAGACCUCGUCCACCUGGACGCUUCGCAGAAUGCCGUGGUGUACACCACCCGAGUGCACGACCUGGGUCGCUACGUCUUCAUCCUGCACUACCACCAGCCGGACCACCCUACCUACGCCACGCAGGUCUACGUCAACGGGGGACGCAUCUGGCAAGGUCAUGCCAAUGCUUCCUUCUGUCCUCAUGGGUACGGCUGUCGUAGUCUUCUGAUUGCGGAGAACCAGGUCAUCCUGGAUGUGACGGACCAUGAAGUGAUUGUGACCGUGCGUGUGCCAGAGGGCAAAACACUUUGGCUGGACUAUGUUCUGGUGGUGCCAGAGAACAGCUACAGCUCCAGUGUUCUGGACGAGGAGCCUCUGGACAAAUCAUACGACUUCAUCAGCAACUGUGGACAGAACAGCUUCUAUAUCGAUGCGGAGAGAACCACCCCAUUCUGUCGCAGCUCUGCCGUGUCCCUGUCUGCGUUCUUCAACGACGGGGCCCUGCCAUGCGGCUGCCACGAGGCCGGAGCUGAGAGUGACACCUGCGAGCCUUUCGGAGGACAGUGCCAGUGCCGCCCCAACGUCAUCGGCCGAGACUGCUCACAGUGUGCCACCGGAUACUGGGGCUUCCCCAACUGCAGACCGUGUAACUGUGGGACGCGUCUGUGUGAGCCGGUGACGGGCGAGUGCAUCUGCCCCCCGCGUACGCUGCGUCCCGAGUGCAUCAUGUGCGAGCCGGAGACCUUUGGCUGCCACCCCCUGGUGGGCUGCGAGAUAUGCAACUGCUCCAGGCCCGGAGUCACCUCCGCUGACAUCAACUGUGACACCAACAGCGGACAGUGCAGAUGCAAGAACAACAUCAUUGGCCGCCAGUGUGACCGCUGCGCCCCCGGUUUCUAUGGAUACCCCAACUGCAGGCCAUGUGACUGCAACGAGGCCGGCACCGAGAGCGAAGUGUGUGACUCGCACAGCGGACGGUGCCUCUGCAAGGAAAAUGUGGAGGGUGAUCGCUGUGACCAGUGCCGCCUGGGCACCUUCCACCUGGACCCCACCAACCCCAAGGGCUGCACCAAGUGCUUCUGCUUCGGAGCCACCGACCGCUGCCGCAGCUCUGACAAGCGCAGGAAAGAGAUCAUGAAUGUGAUGGACUGGGUGCUGCUGCGUAAUGAUCGUCAGGAGAUCCCGGUCACCGUGUACCCAGGGCAGGACCUGGUGGAGGCCGACCUCAGCGACGUCCCCGACGUUUACCAGGACCUCCACUGGCACGCCCCGCCCACCUACCUGGGGGACAAGGUGUCGUCCUAUGGAGGCUACCUGCGCUACCGUCUCCAUGCCCAGACCAUGACCAUGAGAGGGGACUCCCUGUCCCUGCCCUCAGAGGCCUCUCGCCCUGAUGUCAUCCUCCAGGGCAACCAAAUGACUCUGGUGUUCAUGGAGAGAGAGUACCCCUCAGCUGAAGACCCUCAUGAAGGCAUAGUUCACCUGGUGGAGGGAAGUUUCCUGCACGCCCAGACGGGUAACGUGGUGUCCCGUGAGGAAAUGAUGAUGGUGCUGGUGGGCCUGGAGGCUCUGCAGAUCCGGGCGCUCCACUCCCAGUCGGCCGAGGCCGUGUCCCUACGCGCCCCCGUGCUCGAGGGAGCCGUUGCCCUGCCCUCCGGUCGCCACGCCAACAACGUGGAGAUCUGCAUGUGCCCCGCCAACUACCAGGGAGACUCCUGCCAGGAAUGUGCUCCAGGUUUCUACAGAGAUACUAAGGGUCUGUUCUUGGGCAAAUGUGUUCCAUGUCAUUGCAAUGGCCACUCAGACCAGUGCCUGGAUGGCUCUGGAAUUUGUGUGAACUGCCAGCACAACACGGCAGGAGACCACUGUGAGAAGUGCCUGGGCGGUUUCCUAGGUAACAACAGUGUGGAUGGCCAGGCGGUGGCCUGCACCAGCUGCCCCUGCCCCCUACAGGUGGCCUCCAACAACUUUGCCAUUGGUUGUGUGGAGAAACCACGGCAGAUGCAGUGUCUGUGUAUGACAGGGUAUGCUGGACCCAAGUGUGAAAGGUGUGCUCCGGGUUUCUACGGCAACCCCAUGGUGAUUGGCAGCACGUGCCAGCCGUGCCAGUGCCACAACAACACCGACUCCAACAUGCUGUUCAGCGACUGCGACUCGCUGACGGGCGAGUGCCACAGCUGCAUGGACAACACGGCCGGCACGCACUGCGAGAUCUGCGCCCCGGGAUUCUACGGAGACGCCAUCCGCGCCAAGAACUGCACCAAGUGCAACUGCUCCCCAUGUGGCACUGCAUCCUGUGACCCCCGCACUGGCCAGUGCCUCUGCAAGCCUGGAGUGACUGGAGCUCGGUGUGAACGCUGCAAGGAUGGAAGCUUUGGCUUCGACUCUUGUAGCGGGUGUCAGCAGUGUGACUGUGAUGCCUCAGCCGCCCUGGUGCAGCCGUGCGACCCCAAGAAUGGCUCCUGUGCCUGCCAGCCCGGGGUCAACGGCCCCCACUGCCGCCAGUGUGCUCCAGGGUACUGGGACUACGGCCCCAACGGAUGCAAGAAGUGUGCUUGUAAGGCGGGCAGGUGCGACCCACGUACUGGAGAGUGCCGAUGUGCUGACGGCCUGACCGGCAAACAGUGUGACACCUGCAUCAACAAGUACAGCGUGCUCGUCCAGAGAGGAGGCGUCUCUUACUGCGAACCGUGUGAUAGCUGUGUGAAAGUCUUGCUGCAGGACCUAGAUGCUCUGGCAGCCAACUUCAGCUCAGUGAGUAGCCACCUGACCAGCCUGAAUGCCAGCUCCAUGGCCUGGGCACAGCUCCACAACCUCAACGCUUCCAUGGAGGCCAUCGCUAAUGCCAUUGAGAACUACAACGGCACCCUGGAUGACAGCAGGAACCGUGCUGAGACCCUGGAGGGAGAGCUGGAGGGCAUCGACACAGAUAUCUCAGAGCUGGAAAGCAAGGCUGCUGUGACGGGCAAGAAGGCAGAGGACCUGGAGAGGUCUAGCAACUCCACGCACAGGAGGGCAGAGGACCUGCUCAGCUUCAUCAAGAGAAUCAUGGGAGAUGUGGAUGACAUCAUCAAGCUGGUGAACCGCACAGCGAUGAACGAGACAGUGGAGGAGCCCGAGGACAAGCUGGCGGAGAAGAUGGCGGAGGUGGAGAGCAUGCUGAGGAGCAUGCGCUACAGAACCCUGGACCAGCAGAAGAGCCUCGCCCAGAACGAGAAGGAGGAGGCGGACAAAAUCCUGGAUCGUGUGCAGGCCGAGAUGGCGAACCGUACGGCUGCUAAUGACGACAAGGCCGAUGAGAUUGCGGACCACCUGAAGAAGUUCAAGGAGCAGCUGAUGGACCUGAGAGACGCCCUCAACGACGCGGUGAAGAACACGGCCGGAGCAGCCGAGCUCAACAACAUGAACCAGAAGAUGCUGGAGGAGAUACAGAAGAAGUUGUCAGAGCUGAAGGCCAAGGAGAAGGAGGUGAAGGAGCUUCAGGAGAUGGCAGAGGAUGAUGUCGCACAGGUCAACGACCUCCUGGCCAUGCUGCAUGACUCCAAGGAGGACUAUGAGAAGCUGGCAGCCCAGCUGGAUGGCGCACGGGGGAAACUGACUCAAAAGGUGCAGAAGUUUGCCCCGUCUACCAGCAAGAUCGCCCUGGUGGAGGAGGCAGAGAAGCACGCGGAGAUGCUGGACGAACUGGCACGCAACCUCUCCAGUGUAAUUCAAGGAACCAAUCAAGAUGGCUUCAUCCAGCGUGCCCUGAACGCAUCUCGGGCCUACACCAACAUCAUCGACAGUGUCAAUGAGGCAGAGGCUGCUGCUAAACAAGCUAACCAAGCAGCCAUGGAUGCCCUGGCGACUCUGAAUGACAUGGAUCUGAAGCAGCAUGCUGAGGACAUGAAGAAUCAGAGCAAGGAGUUCCUGGACGAGGCCAACUCUCUGCAGAACCAGCUGGAGAACGAUGUGAAGCCUGGCCUUGAGACCCUUCAGGACCGCUUGGAGGAUGCUAAAGAUAAGAAGAAGACCCUCCAGGAGGAUCUGGACGCCAUUAAGGAGAAACUCAACAGCACACAAGACAACACGACGGAUGUUAUCAACGCUGCGAAGGCGGCGGCUGAGAAGGCCAAUAACACGGCAGCAGAGGUGGAGGAGACACUUCGGCCAAUCAAGGAGCAGCUGGAGAAAUGGGAGGGCCAGUACGGGGACGCCAACGCCACCACCGAUGACAUCAACAAGGCUCUCAUGGAGGCCAACAAGACUGUGAGUGACCUGAGUGACACCAUCCCCCUGCUGAUGAAGCGUCUGGACAAACUCCAGAACCACUCGGCCCAGAUGCCCAACAUCUCUGAGAACAUCCAGCGCAUACGCCAGCUCAUCGCACAGGCCCGCAAGGCGGCCAGCAAGGUGAACGUGGCGGUGAAGUUCAACGGCACGUCUGGCGUGCAGGUGCGCACCCCGAGCAACCUGGCUGACCUUGCGGCCUACACCUCGCUCAAGUUCUUCAUCACCGCCGCCAAGGAAGGCACGCGCAAACGCCGCCAGGACAUGGAGAAACAAUUUGUCUUCUACCUGGGCAACAAGGACUCGAGUAAGGAGUUCCUGGCCAUGAGGAUGGAGGGCAGGAGGCUGCGCUGGUACUACAACCUGGGAGGGGACACGGCAGCCGUCACUACCCAGGAGGACGUCCGCUCAGAUGAGACCUUCAACAGCAUCAGCCUGGAGAGGAUCUUGCAGUUUGGCCAGAUGUCGAUGAUCUUCCAGGGCACCAAUGAGCGAAGGGAGGUGAAGGAACAGGUGGAGGCCAAGGGAGACAGCGGCCUGCUCAACCUCAUGACCGAGGACACCGUCUUCUACGUAGGAGGAUACCCCAAGACAUUCAAGCCUCCUGCGGAGCUGGAGGUGCCCCACUUCAAGGGCUGCAUCGAGCUGGAGAGCCUCAACGAGGAGGUGCUGAGCCUCUAUAACUUCGAGAAGACCUUCGAGCUGGACACCAAGGCCGACAGGCCCUGCGCCAGAGGGAAGUCUGCCAACACGCAGCAGUGGGCCAGCAGUGGUGGCUUCUUCGAUGGCAGUGGCUAUGCUGAGGUGCCCUUCUCUGGUGACGCCCCCACGCCACGUUUCGAACAGGAAGUCCGACUCAUCUCACACAAUGGCAUUGUGCUCCUGCUGCUGCACGAGGAUAAGUUCCUGUGUUUGGCAGUGCGUGAUGGGGUUCUGGAGAUGCUGCAUGAUAUGGAUGGCACCUUGAAAGUCGAAAGUUCCGCAAAGGGUCAGAAAAUCAGCACUGGUGAAUCCAAACAUGUGGAGGUGAUCAUCAUCCGCAGCCAGAAGCGUUUCCUGGUGCGCUUCAACAGGCAGGUGAUCUACAGCGUGACCCUGCCCAGCGCCCUGCCAGUCUUCACCGGCACCUACUACCUCGGAGGAGUGCCCGACAACAAGAUGCCAGAGAGCUUGAAGUCUUCGUUCCCCAAGAGUAGCUCCAUUAAGGGCUGCUUCCGUGGUGUGAAGGCCAUGGGCACCCAUGUGGACCUCAAGAGGGUCAGCAGCAGCGGAGUCAGCCACGGAUGCCCAGACGACCUGCUGGUGGUGAGAGAGGCCCACUUCACAGGCCAGAGCUACCUGAACAUGAUGAUGGGUAACACCCCCGCGCUCAGAGACAACUUCUACGCCGGAGUGGGCUUCCGCACCGACCAGAACGACGGACUCAUGUUCUACCACCAGGCAUCGGAUGGCACGUGCAGGAUGUUCCUGGAUAAGGGCCAUGUGGUGAUCAGGGUUGGCAACAGUGAAGUGAAGAGUCAGAAGACCUACAACGACGACAACAGCCACUAUGUCGCUGUCUACACCAACACCAACGGUAUCCGUGUGUAUUUGGACGACGUCCUGGAGAGUUCCACCGGGCUGGACGGGGGCAACCGCAUGGCACCGGACGAGAGGGACACUCUCUACCUGGGUGGAACCAACAGCGACGUGGGCAUCGGCAACAUCACUGCCUGCCUCAGCAACAUCUUUGUCAAGAGGUCAUCCUCACCACAGAUGGUGCUGGACUUGAUCAAAGCCAAGGAGAACGUCAACGUCCCCCUGGACUGCCCCCCGCCCUCUAAGCCCCAACAGAUCCUGGCCUCUCCACCUCGCCACAAGAACCACAAGGGUAAACACAAGAAGCCUGCGGGUGAGUCUGAUGGGCAGGUGGUGGCACCUCGUGAGUCGUGUCAGGCUGAGACCUUCUCCCAGGAGCCCAGAGCUCUGCACUACAGCGGCUCCACACACAGCAGACAGCGCUACAAUACACUACCACCCACCACCAGCAGGACGUCCACCCUCUCGCUGGGCGUGCGAGUGAACUCGUCGGAGGGCCUGAUCUUCUACGGUGGAGGGGAGAGGGGUGACGCGGCCCUGGCUCUGGCCGUCAGCGAUGGGCACCUGCAGCUCCACCUGCCAGGCACCAAGAGGAAACCCACCAUCACCAGCGGCAAGAAGUACAAUGACGGACUCUGGCACGAGGUGAUGGUGAGGAAGGAGGGAGAACAGGUGCGUUUCAUAGUGGACGGCAUCGACAGCCACAGCAAGAAGGUGUCAGGAGGGGACAGGAGCCUCGUCAAGGCCCCACUCCACAUCGGAGGCCUCCCUGCAGAUGUCACUCCUGUACCCUCGUUCCCCGGGCCCGCAGGCUUCGUGGGCUGUGUAAGGGAUCUGAAGGUGAACGAACAGGCUCUGGAGUCUCCUGCUGAGAGUGUGGGAGUGGUGCCCUGCUACCAGGAGCCCCUGCAGCCAGGAGCCUACUUCUCCAGCCAGGGAGGACACAUGCUCAUAGAUGAGUCUCUGAGCCUGAGCCAGAACCUGGAGAUUGAGCUGGAGGUGAGGCCGGCCUCAGCAUCAGGACUCCUGCUCCACGCAGCCGGGUACAAGAACCAGCAACUCAGCCUCAUACUCAACCAGGGACAGGUUACAGUGCUGAUGAACAGUGGCAAUGGAGCCUUCAACGUGUCUAUCUCACCCGAGGAAUCACUAUGUGACGGCAGGUGGCACAUCAUCACAAUUGUGAAGAAGAAUAAUGUGGUUCAGCUCCAUGUGGAUGCGGCCAGUCAGCACGGUGUUGGGCCCAAACUGAGGCGUCCCAACGGAGGCAAAAAUAAAGUCUACCUGGGCACCGCACCUGAUGCAGCGCAAAUCCCUGGCCUGCCCUCUGCUCUCUCUGCAUUCCAUGGCUGUGUCAAGAAAGUCCUGCUGAACCACAGAAACAUCAUGGUGUCUAAGCCCCUGUCAGUGUCCGGAGCAGUGGCCACCCGGGGUUGUCCAGCAAUGUAGAUCCCACUCGUCAUAUACGCACACACACACACUCCCAUACACAGCCACACAGUCCCAGUCCCUACACCCAUCUCCGUUUGGCACAGCUGGUAUCCAACUCCUCAAUCACGGGUGGUGGGCUUACGUACAAAAUUAGUUAAUUUAAACAGAUAUUUAUAUAUAUUUUUGUUUUAUACAAAUGUGUAUUUUUGCGUCUUUGUUUUUGUAAUUGUAUAUAUACGUACACGUAUAAGUAUAAGAGAUAUGAAAUCUGUUUAAAAUGGUGCUAGAGCUGUAAGCCUGAAGGGAUGGUCUUUUCCUUACACUCAUUUGACACACCGAGUUUUGAAUCUGGCACUUCAUUAUGUGUUUAUAUUUUAGAUACCUGCACAAUUUAUAUUCAAUUAUGGGAGAAAUUAUAUCCUGGACCAGACACGCACACUCACUCACUGAUAUAUUCACUCAGUGUUAUUAAAUUCAAGUGGGAAUCAAAUGCAUCCCUCUAAAUGGUUGUUGGGCUGGACUGAUGUUGGGUUUGACAUUAUGUAUCACUUGUAUGAGUGAGUUCAAUGCCCCAUGUACACUGCGUGUACACAAAAGCAUACACACACUGGCUUAGCAGACUCUGAGGAGGUCAGCAGGCAGCAUGAUGCCGGCAGGCGUCCCUGACUACAUGAAGAUCCUCCAAAUACCACUGAGGACCUGUCACUGCAGACAACUCGCCUUAAGAAAUACUUGUGAAUUGUAGACUUUUUAAAAAGGACUUCAAACAUAUCAUGGUCCACCACAAACUCUGAGUUUGAUCUAAUUGUAUUCAACUUUCUAAUUCGUCUUUGUUUUUCAAAAUCUGAUCCCCUAAAAUAUAGUUGUAUGUUUAAUGGUUUUAAUAAACAGUCCUUUGAUACAACCUUGCAUUGUUUGAAGUGUACUUUCUACU